AAGGCCAUGUGAGGGGUCCUCUCUCAGAUUUUGCUCCAAAACCUUCCUUCAUCUGAUUUGCAGAGACUAACCCAAGAAAGGACCAACCAGAACCAAGAACUUCAAAGAGCUGGGUAGAGAGAGAAAGUGGGUCUUUCUUUCUCUCUCUCUCUCUCUCUCUUUUUUUUUUUUUUCUCUUUCUGUGUGUGUGCGUGCGUGCGUGUGAGAGAGAGAGGGUACAUGCAAAACAGUGUGCUUGAGAUAGAGAAAGAAGGAGUUGAAGAUUGUUGUUCAAUUUGCCCCAUCAAGUACUUCUGUUGUUUUUUCGAUUUUGCUCUUCAUACCCAACCCGCUUUUUGAUUUUGACUGUGGUUCUGGGGAGUUGUUGUGGCUCUGUGCUGUUGAAUUUGUCACUUCUGACAAAGACAGAAGGAAGCGCGGGAUUGAAGGUUGAGUGCUUGUUGUAGUUGCAGCUUCUGCCUUGCCGCGGAGACUAUGUUGGACGGUCGUUCCUGCGUGGUUCCGAGGUUGUUUUCCAGCUCUUGCCAGGCGGAGAACAAGUGGUCUUUCAUGACAUUCCUGCCGGACUUGGACAUAAAAAAUGGCAAGCGCCCUUUAGACAUCGAUGGCGAGGAUGAACCCCAGCCAAGGAAGGUUAACAGGCGAUUGGAUUCUUGCCAUCAAGGCGAUAUGGCUCGAAUUUUAGCUCAACAGCAAUCCUUUCAUGCCGAUGAUUCUGUUGUUCCACAAAUGGAUCAGGAUCAGAGGGAGGAUUGUGAGACAUUGAGUAAUUGCCCAAGUGUUGAAAAGGCUGAGGCUUUUCCUGCCCAGCUACUGGAUGAACGAGCACAGCAUCAUGCUGGGGAUUCUUUGGUGUCUGGUGACUUUCAAUCUAAUAAACAGCAGCAGGAUCAAUCUGGGGAUUUAUCGGAUUCUGAUGUUCAGCAAUCCGAUGAACAGCAGAUGGAGCUGCAGAUUGAGGGUAAUUUGUUGGCCGCCAGUGACCAGCCACCUGAUGAGCAGCAAGAGCACCAUGCUGGGGAUUCAUCAGAUUCUGGUUCUCUUUUGCCCCGCAUGAAUCGGGACAGCUCAAUUGCCUGUCUCAGCCGCUGUUCUAGGUCCGAUUAUGGUUCUCUGGCAUCGCUGAAUAGGAGCUUUCGCAACAUAAUCAGAAAUGGUGAGCUAUAUAGAUGGAGGAGACUGAAUGGUAUCAUAGAACACUGGAUUUAUUUUUCUUGUGCCCUCCUUGAAUGGGAGGCCUAUGAUCCAAUUCGCGAAAGGUGGAUGCAUUUACCAAGGAUGGCUUCUAAUGAAUGCUUUAUGUGUUCGGAUAAGGAGUCCUUAGCUGUAGGUACUGAACUUCUUGUAUUUGGUAGGGAGCUGAGAUCCCAUGUCAUUUAUAGAUACAGUCUUUUGACCAACUCAUGGUCAUCUGGAAUGAGGAUGAAUGCUCCUAGAUGUUUGUUUGGAUCUGCUAGCCUUGGGGAGAUUGCAAUUUUAGCUGGUGGGUGUGAUUCAGAUGGUCAUAUCCUUGACUCGGCUGAGCUAUACAAUUCAGAGAAUCAAACAUGGGAAACACUUCCACGCAUGAACAAGCCCAGGAAGAUGUGCUCGGGGGUAUUUAUGGAUGGGAAGUUUUACGUUAUUGGGGGAAUCGGUGGAAGUGAUUCUAAGCUUCUUACAUGUGGUGAGGAGUAUAAUUUACAGACUAGAACGUGGACAGAAAUUCCUAACAUGUCCCCAGGAAGAUGUGCUAGGGGAUCUGAGAUGCCUGCAACAGCUGAGGCACCACCUCUGGUUGCCGUUGUAAAUGAUGAAUUAUAUGCUGCUGAUUAUGCUGACAUGGAGGUAAAAAAAUAUGAUAAGGACAGAAGAUUGUGGUUUACCAUUGGGAGACUGCCUGAGCGAGCCGUGUCAAUGAAUGGUUGGGGUCUUGCAUUCAGGGCAUGUGGAAAUAGGCUUAUUGUCAUUGGUGGGCCUAGGACUCAUGGUGAGGGUUUUAUUGAACUCAAUUCAUGGGUGCCUAGUGAAGCACCUCCACAAUGGAAUCUACUUGCCAGAAAACGGUCUGGCAAUUUCGUCUAUAAUUGUGCUGUGAUGGGAUGCUGAAGAAUUGAAUUGUGAAAAGUCACACAUUUUGAUGCUUCAGAUCUGAUGAGUUGCACAACGUUGAUUCAUCCAUUGACACAGGAUUCUUGCUAAUUGGUAUUUUCCCCCUUCUUUUUCUGUGAUAUUUUCCUUUCAAAGGUGGGGGAGGAUGGGGAGGAGAUUCAGAUAUUACUCAAGAUUGGCUGAAAAGUUUCUAGGAAGGAGCUCUUCAGUCUUUUAUUUUUAUAUUAAAAAUUUCAGUUUCUAUUUUGUUCCAUUGAAAUUGGUAUCUUCCCCCAUUUACAUUUACAUGAAAAUUUUCAAAGCUUGGUAUCAUGUAGCACAGGAAUAGGUUAAAUAAUUGAAUUUCCAACACAAAUGUAGGUUAUUGGUGUUGUUUUUUUUUUUUUUUUUUUUAAGAACACACAAUUAGAUAUUUGAUUUUCAUGAUCAUAAGUUUUCUUAGCUUGAAGGAUGGAAUAAUUUCCAGAAGUUGUUUAUCAAUAUUGGAUUAUUUAGCAAUCCAAUUUUCCAUUUAAAUUCUUGGACUAUGUAUUUUGAGCUUUCCCUAGCCUGGAAAGUGGUAUAUAACCAUUUCAUUUAUUACUUGUUGCAAAUCUAGCAUGCGACCAUAAUAGUUUCUCUACCUGUAUUGUCAAUGAUUGAAUUAUUAUGACACGAGACUGCAUGGAUUCCAAAACUGAAAAUGAAAGAAUGCUUUUAUUUUUUCUUUCCCCGUUGUUAUAACUAUCAAAACUUCAUGGAAAAACAAUAGUGCUCUAUCGAUUGAAUCAAUAAAAAAAAAUGGUUGUUUAUUUAUUUUAUUUUCUGAAAUUCUAACUAUGGAGGAUGUAGAUGCUCAAUGCUUGAUGAAGAAGAGUUUGAGCUUGAAACUAUAGAUAAGGACCAAUUUAGUUAAACUUUCCAAUAAGCAUUUAUAGGAGAAAACAUAAGGUAUAAUAAAUUAAAAUUUUCUCACUAAUUAAAACUUAUGCAUAUAACUUUUUGGAGAAAUUAGAUGAAAAACCUUCUCAAACAGUUGAUUUGAUUUAUUUUACUUAUCUUUUUUCUUUAUAAUUACUUAUUGAGAUGUUUAUUCAAAUUAGAGCAGAAAUUCUUAAUUGUUAGGCGUAAUCAUGAGUUGCGACUCAACUGCCAAAUCACAUUACCAUGUAGGCAGUCUUUUUCUGCAAUAGAGAAAUUCUAAGUCCAUUAUAGGUACCUUGCGACGGAUUAAGUUGAUGCUUGUAUGAGGAUUGAUGUUACACACAUCAAUUGAUAGCUGUACACAUCAUUCACCCAUAAUUCCAUAAUUUCUAUGAUAUCUGGAGGCCGUAGCAAAAAUGCUUGUUAUGUUACUAAUUGCAUUAACCAUAUUUUGGAUCUAUUUUCUGGUGUCUGAUUCAUGCAGGUGCGAUUGAAAUUGAAAUUUGCUUAAAUCUAGUUCGUCCUAACCCUAGUAAUCGCAGUUAGGUACUGGAUCUUUAAAAUUUUCUGUCUGUGGUGAUGGUUCAGACUACUGUGGAAAUGCUUCUUAGACCUGCGUAGUAGUGUUGCUUUUAAUAUUUUGUUGGGUGGUUGAUUCACCAUUAUUAGUUAUCAAAUCCAUUCAUUUCUUCACAUCUAUAUUAUUUUACACGAAACACGGAUCGUAUAUAGUUCUCCAAUAUUUGCACAAUUUUAUUGGAGUAGUAUGUAUAAGAAUAAUAAUUAAGAAUGCCAAAUUGUGACACCGUCAACCCAUCAAAAUUCUGAAUGAUGAUGCAGAUGAAAAAACCAUGUCAAUCUUGUAUUAGCUAUUUUCAUUAGUUAAAGUUAUCGCGAAUAUACCUCGAACAUGGUGAAAUAUCCAUUUUAAGUUAUUUAGAAGAAACAUAGUUGUGGGUUUGGGGCAUUUAAGAAUAAUGCAUCUGUGGUAUCGAAAUUGUGGAUUACCUAGACAGGAAGCAUUUUACCAACUAAACUCGCUCACAUAUAACUUGUGUACGCAAAAUAUCAUGUUAAUUGUGAAUUAACUAUGCAUGGUGAUUCAAGUGUUUAUGUCCUAUAUUUUGAGAGAUUGCUCCUGUUUGUAGUUCGUAUACUAGUUCUCAUAAAAUCAUGUUUUGCUAUAUGUUUAUAGGCUUGUGCAGAUUUAGUAACAAAUUACUUAGAUAUACAAGGUUAUGCUUUAUAAGUAUUGCUAAAGGCUUUGAGCUGGCUUAUUAGAGGUAAAAUGAUAGUUGUAAAUGACCAGAAAUGUUACGAGAUAAAUAUAAGUUAAAUUAAUUCAAUAUAGUUAGAUGUAUGGCAUAACUUACCAUUGUUAGAACUGCGAUCUCUCCUCGGUGUCUUGUUUUCUGUUUAUUAGUUUUGCAAUUGGCCUAUUGCUAUAACGAAUUCGAACAAGAUCUUGUGUGUAUCCGUUAUUGUCCUAAAUGCUCAUGCCAUUGAUAAAAUCUUUGGUGUGAUAUCACGAUUGUUUCUUAUUGCAUUGCGUUGAAAAUGGUAUUACUUUUGUGGGUAUCUCCAUGUUGUUACAGAUCUUGAUCUCAGACUAGGUCAAGGUAAAGACCGAAACAAGUUGCAUUAUUGUAUUUGUUUCUAAUAAUAAGAAAAUAAUGUUUGCCAUAACCCUCCUAAGGAAUUCGUUGCGUCCGUGUUGGCUACAUGUGUCGCAUGGCAUUUGAGAAGGAUUUAUAUUUUCUUAUUAAGUAAUAUGAUAUGGCCAUAAUGUAUAGAGAAAGACACAAUUUUUAUCAAUUUUAGUUAGUAUGAUCAAUAACCGAUCAAGGUGGGCCUUUAUUUGAUAAAAAUUGUCUUUCUGUAUCCAAAAUGACUCUAUUGUGUUCAACACGAGUAGAUUCAAAUCCGUUUGAAAAACAUGUUUAACCUGUACAAAGCAUAUUUUUUUAUGCUUCUGUUUCAUGUCUGUGCAAGGAAGGGUCUAUAUGCUUCACGACCGUAAUAGAAGUUGCAGAGAGAAUUCAUUUCUUUGGAAGAAAAUGAAAUAGAGAACAACACCUGGAAAGCUCUAUAGGAACAAGAACAAGUGUUGCAUUAUUUGUUGAGAUGCAUUUUAUCGAAACAGUUAAUGUAUAUCUGCCACCUCUGAAGUUGCUAUGGUACCUAUGAUACCCAAAAGGAAUUGACAGGCUUAAAUGCUGAUUUUGUGACAACGUUGCAAAAUAUGAGAAUCCAGUAACAUGCUCUUUACACAUUCUUUAACACCUUUUAACAUGCUUUUUAGUGUAUAUAUAUUCUUUUAACUCAGGUGCAGAGGGGAACUAUUGGGUUUGGAAUGGGCCAUAAUCUUACCUUCUAUCCCAUCCCUUAACGGACAGUGGAUAACUUGCCUUUUCGUCUACUGUCAAAUAUGGUCUGUAACCAGUGUGUAAUAUCGUUAUGACCCAUGACACAAACAUUAUUUGUAGCCUAUAAUGAAUAAAUGCUAUUUAGGUCCAAUCAUUAUAUUACUGUAAAACCCCAUCAUUGUUUUACUACAAAAAGCCCAUUACUAUCUUUUGCAUUUCAUAAUAUUUGGUAAGCUGGAAUAAUAUUAAGAAAGCUCAAAAAAAGUUUUUAUUUUUUAAAUACAAUCCUAACUCCUUAAUUGGAUGGUCAUUUUACCUAGGA